AUGAGCUCAACAGAAGAAUUAAAUGAUAAAUUGAAACAAGAUUUGAAAAUUGAUGAAGAAAAAUCAAAUGAUAAAGAAACUUCAACAACAGGUGAAAUUAAGAUUCAAGAGAUUAAAUUAAAAGAUAAAUAUAAAACCAAUAAUGAUGAUUUAAAAGAAGCAAAUAAUUUAAAAGUACUUGGUAAUAAAGCAUAUACAGCAGCUGAAUAUCAAAAUGCAAUUAAUUAUUAUACUGAAGCAAUUUCAAUAUUAAAAAAAGAAGAUGACAAUAAUAAUGAUAAUAAUAACAAUAAUGAUACCACAAAUAAUGAUAGUGAUAAUGAAGAUAAUAAUAAUAAUAAUAAUAAUAAUAAUAAUAAUAAUAAUAAUAAUAAUAAUAAUGAAAAUAUAAAUAAAACAAAAAAAGUUAAUAAAAUCAUUGAAAUUAGAGAGAAUACAGAAGAAGAUAUAAUAUCAUGUUUUGAAGAAUUAUCAAUUCUUUAUAGUAAUAGAUCAGCAUGUUAUUUAUCAAUUAAACAAUAUGAUUCAGUGAUUAAAGAUUGUAACAUUGCAUUAGAAUUUGAACCAACACCAACAACAAUUAAAAUUAAAAUUUAUCAUAGAAGAGCUCAAGCUAGAGAACAAUUGAAUAAAUUAAAAGAAUCAUUAGAAGAUUAUCAAGAAAUCAUUAAAUUGGAUCCAUCAUUUCCACAAGCUCAACAAGCUUUAAAAAGAUUACCACCAAAAAUAAAAGAAAAAGAAGAUAAAGAAAGAGAAGAAAUGAUGGGUAAAUUAAAAGAUUUAGGUAAUACCAUCUUAGGUAAAUUUGGUAUGAGUACUGAUAAUUUUCAAUUUGUAAAAGAUCCAAAUACUGGUGGCUAUUCUGUUAAUUUUAAAAAAUAA